AUGACGGUGCGACAAUCUGCGGUGCAAGUCACGGAUCUCCUGACAGGAGUCAAGAAGCUAUGGGAGACAAGUCUUCUCAAAAAGGCAUGUAGUGCUCCAACCAGAAUAGGUGUAUGUGUCAGUGGCGGACCAGACUCAAUGGCUCUGGCAUAUCUGCUCAGCAGGAUUCCUCAAGUUGACCCCAGCAUUCGAAUUGAGCCGAUCGCAUUUAUUGUGAACCACAAUGCAAGACCAGGGAGCAGGUUAGAAGCAGAACGCGUGGGCACGCAGCUACGGACACACGGUAAGGCUCCGAUGGCGAGUCAAGAUAUCUCUACUGAGACACCCAUAGAUAUCGAGAGCCGUAUCCUCCACAUGCGCUGGCCGGAAGAAACCAAUCCGUUGGCCUUGCCAGAUUUUGAGAUGAUGGCGCGGUAUAGUCGCUAUCAAUUGAUCGCACAGGCUGCUAUUCGCGAGAAAAUUCAACAUUUAUUUCUUGGUCACCAUCUCGAUGAUCAGCUUGAAACGAUCAUAAUGCGCCUUGUCAGGAAUACUUCCUUUUCGUUUCUGGCUAUCAAAGGUAUGGCCGAAACGAGCAGAAUCCCCUGUUGCGAAAACAUCAGAGGUGCCAAUGAAUCACUCGACUUUCCCAGCGCCGAUGGACACCUUCCGCCCGACAAGGCACCCCAGCAAGAAACAGAAUCCUGGCCAUUUGCAGCUAACUAUGGUUCCCCUGUGGGCAUCUCUGAGUUACAUGGGCUUCAGCUUCAUCGCCCUUUGCUAGAAUUCAAAAAGUCGCAACUGAUUGGUACUUGUCAGCAACACAAGGUUCAAUAUGUGAGCGAUGAAACAAACUUCGACCCAACUAUCACCAUGCGAAACGCUGUUCGAUAUAUGAGGGCCAAGUUUAAUCUCCCUCGAGCACUGCAAGCCACUUCUCUGCUUAACUUGAUGGCUGCCGCUCGGGAACACUCCCGGUCUCUCGAAAGCAGGGGAAACGAACUCGCAUCUCACUUUCAAAUCGUCGAGUUUGAUUUGCGGGUGGGGUCAAUGAUAGUCCAGCUUCCACAAGACCUAGCUAGUGUAUGCGAACGUGACCUCGAGGGAACGAGUCAUGCCCUUUCCAGCUUAACGAGCGUCAUCAGUCCACAGCCCAGGGAUGCCACGCCAUCUCUGGUACCUCAGGCCCGCUGUCUGGAAUUUAUCAGCAUCCUGUCCUCGAUACGACCCCAGAUCCCAGUUAGUAAAAAGAGCGGGGAGGCAAUAUCCACAAGACAAACGCUCCAGGGAGCAACACUGCAGAUCCAACAGACGCAGAUAGAACAGCUUGCCAAUACCCCAGGCAUGGGACCGGGUCAGUCUCGAUGGAGAUUGUCACGUCCGACUAUGCGUUAUGAUGAGAUCAAGGCUGUUGAACAGAAAUUCGAACCUGAAUUUGGGAAUCACGAAGGAGACUCGUCCGGAGCGUGGUCAAAAUGGAUCCUGUGGGAUCAUCGAUAUUGGAUUAGAGUCAGAUCACGGAUUGCUACAGACUUAAGUCAUGUUGCAAUUCGAAACUUCCGACGCGAAGAUGUGCAUUGCAUAGUAUCAAAGGGUCCUCCCAAUUGGAGAAACUUCAAGAGCACGCUCAGAGAGGUUGCGCCCGGGAACAUGAGGUGGACCCUUCCCAUUCUCACCUUCGCCGAUGAGAUUUCAGCAUUUCCAACCUUGAAUGUUAGGGUGCAGAAUUCCGCCAACGGUCGGGGGGAAGGUGGAGACCUCCCUGCUCAUCCUCCGGUCUUGGAAUGGGAGAUGUGCUACAAGGUCAUUGACAAACCUUUCAUUCAAGCACAAAAGAGCAAAAUAGUUUGGAAGAACCUGGCAGAUGCAUAUGAUAGCAACCAACGCCGUGCAUUCGUGAGUGCUUGA